GACCUUUGUCGUCAAGCUUAAACAUUAGAUCCAUCCAAAGCUAAGUGUACAAAUUAGUGAGUCUAAGGGUACGUACUGUGACUCAUCAACAAGUAAAAGUUGUGUCAAUUUUCUUCUAUUUUCUGGGCAAAGAGUUUGUAGAGGAAUUUAAGAGAGGCAAAAAGAGGAAAGGAGUAAUUAUUACUUAAUUGAUUGAUUAGGAGAAAUAUCAAAAUAUGGUGAGGCCUCCUUGUUGUGACAAAGGAGGAGUUAAGAAAGGGCCAUGGACUCCUGAAGAAGAUAUCAUUUUAGUUACUUACAUCCAAAAACGUGGUCCUGGAAACUGGAGAGCUGUUCCCAUUAGUACUGGGUUGCUUAGAUGCAGCAAGAGUUGUAGGCUUAGAUGGACAAACUAUUUAAGACCAGGAAUCAAGAGAGGCAACUUCACAGAACAUGAAGAAAAAAUGAUUGUCCAUCUCCAAGCCCUCUUAGGCAAUAGAUGGGCUGCAAUUGCGUCAUAUCUUCCACAGAGGACAGACAAUGACAUUAAAAACUAUUGGAACACUCAUUUGAAGAAGAAACUCAACAAAGCCAAUCAAGAACUUGAUCAUUCAAGAGAUCGUUCCUCGCUCUCUUCUUCUCCAUCAUCUUCUUCUGCUAAUUCCAACUCAAACAUAUCACGAGGUCAAUGGGAAAGAAAACUUCAAACCGAUAUUCACUUGGCGAAAAAGGCCCUAUCUGAGGCUUUGUCGCCUUCCUUAGCACCGAGCGUUACGUCUACAUUGGCCACUACAGCGACAACAACAUCUUCUUCUGAAUCAAAACAUUCUACAUCCUCAGCAUGCGAGUUUCUUCGGACGCAAGAAACAUCUACUACUUAUGCCUCGAGCACCGAGAAUAUAGCGAAAUUGCUCGAAGGGUGGGUGAAGACCACACCAAAGACUCAGAACUACUCUGAUCAGAGGAUUUCUCCUGAUUCUGAGACAAGAGAAGUGAUAAAGAGUGAUGAUGUUGAGAAAGACUGUGCAGGGGGAUUUCAAGCGUUUUCAGGGUUCGGUCCCUCGAAAUAUUGUGGCUCAUCAUAUCACUUGGCUGGACUUUCACCUGAUCAUGAAACUAAACCAGACAUAACUGGAUGUAGUAACCAAAGCCAUUUGUCGUUAUUCGAGAAGUGGCUGUUUGAGGAUUCUGGUGGACAGAUUGGUGAUAUUCUGUUGGAUGAAAACCCUAAUUUCUUCUGAAUAAUUUGGUUAAUCGAGAUGGUUCGUUUAAUUUUAGCGUCCUCUUUGUUUUUCUUUUUUUUCUGUUGUUUUUGGAUUUCUGAAUUAUCUUACUUAGAUCAUCGUGAACUAAGUCUCUAAUAUUUUUUUUAUUUAUUUCCCUCUUUGAUUACACAAUUAAUGAUGUUUUAC